GAGAGCCUCCUUAGAUCAUAUCACUGCCCAGGGCUGGGGAUGACCUAGGGCAUGGAGCAGGAGGGGGACAAGUAAAAUUCUCCAGACGCCAGGAUUCACUCGCACAAAGCGAGCGAGGGGUAUAAAUACAGAUGGCAGCUCACACCCAGGGACAGACUGAGAGCGGCUCUGCUGCGCUGAGACUCGGGUGCCCUCAGACUGGCACGGCUUCCUCGCAGACGGAGGCAGACGCAGAGCUGCGCUUGCAGGCCGGCGGACGUGGUCUCGAUCGCUUGUCUUGUUCUGUUCUCGGCCCGGCGAGACUUAAAACCGGCUACGUCUGCGGGGGAAGUCGAGACAGUCUCGCUCCCGGGAUUUAAUCCGCAGCCCAGCGAGCGGGAGGGAUGGAAAAGCGGGAAGAGGCUGGCAUCGAGGCGGGGGUGGCUGCCAUGGCUCAGUGCUACCAGCCAUUUGACCCGGCUGCCUACCUGCAGUACAACUACACCCCUCCCCGAGCGGACUUCUCCCGGCUGGACAGCAUCGUUCCCUGGAAACUGGGCUGCCUGCACCGAGCCUUCACUGCGGGUGACAUCUGCGGGGGCACCCUGGUGGACGUCGGCUCGGGCCCCACGCUGUACCAGGUCCUGAGCGGCUGCGAGGUGUUCGAGAAGCUGGUUCUGACCGACUUCCUGCCGCAGAACCGGGCCGCGCUGCGGCGGUGGUUGGGGGACGACCCGGGCAGCUUCGACUGGAGCCCGUACCUGCGGCACGUCUGCCAGCUGGAGGGCCGCAGCCCGGAGGCGUGGCGCGAGAAGGCUGCCCGCCUGCGCUCAGUGGUGACCGACGUCCUGCCCAUUGACGUGCACCGUCCCGCCCCCCUGCUGCCCGGUGCCCUGCCCGGCCCGGCGGACUGCCUCGUCUCCUCCUUCUGCCUGGAGGCCGUGAGCCCGGACCGGCCCGCCUUCACUCAGGCGCUGCGCCACGUCUCCACGCUCCUGCGGCCGGGGGGGCACCUGGUGAUGAUCGGGGCGCUGGAGGAGAGCUACUACCUGGGCGGGCCGGGCGUGCGGAUCCCCGUGGUGCCCGUGGACCAGGCCUUCGUCACCGCCAGCCUGGAGGAGUGUGGCUACACCGUGCUGGAGUUCUGCACCUACGUCCUGCCCGCGGACAUGUGCGUGGGUGUGGAUGAUGUGGUGGGCAUCUUCUUCCUCAAGGCCAGAAAAAAGUAGAAGGGGGAUUGAGAGGGGGCACCAUCGUCAAGGCUCCCUACUCAAAGGCAGCCUUGCCAGUCUAAUUGGGAGAGUCUGCAUCUGCUCCUUGGCUUCUAAAUCCCCAACUCGAGACUCGUCCUUCUCGGUUGGUAUCUUUACCUUUCGUUCUGAAAGGUGGCGCUGAAGCAAUCGCAGCAGGGGCCAGUGGUGCUGUCUGGCGCCAGUCCCCAGAUGGGCACUAGUGGCAGAUGUGCACGUCUGUCCAGCUGGGCAGGAUGCAGGAACAGUUGGGAUUGGAGAGUGAGGAGCAGAGAGGCUGUCUGAAAUUCUUGUUCCAGACCCCCACAACUAUUUGUGUAAUGGCCCUUCUGUUUUUCGGUCUUAAAUGCACUUGUUUGCAGUUCCAACUCGUCUGGGUUGUUGGGAACAACUGCCUUUUCUGUGAAAUAGGUGCUAUGUAAGAUGCAGCUUGUUGAUCUGCACUACUUUUAUUCUCCUGAACGACGCUGCCUGCCUGUUGUAGAGUCCUGGACCCCUCUCUCACAGACCCCUUUUCAAAUACUCGCUGGACAGAGACCAAGUCCUCCUCAACUGAGGCUGAGGCCGUUUAAACAGGGAAGGAACAUCAGCCCUGUUUGAGAUCCUCACACACUGGAUCAGUUCAAUUUUACACCCUACAUUACAGUCCUUUCAAAGUUGUUUCUUAACCCCCCCCCCCCUCAUUUAAUGUACAUUCAUUGUGAAACUUGAAUAAAUUUUCAUA